GUUAACUUUAAUCCUAAACCCUUAUUUCAUUUGAUUUGGUCUGUCAAAUAAACAGUAAAAAAGCAAUCUGCUGCUCUGUUUGGGUUUUUUUCGACAAAAAAUCCCAACAAAACCGCUGCCGUUGUUCACCUUCUCCAAAGCAUUGCCGGUGAAUUGCUGAUUAUCUUACCCACCCCAUAAAAUAAAAGAAGGAAGAACAAAAAAAUGUAUGGAAUCACAGGUUACAGUAAUGGCUACCACCAAAAUCAACAGCAGCACAGUUCGGAAGAGAAGCGAGGCGGAGGUCGACGGAGGAGGGGAGGCCGUAGAUCACGCCACCCUCCCGGCUUUAGGGUUUUCGACCACCAUCACCAUCACUACAAUAACGAUGACGACGAUGACAAGCAAGAGCAGAAAGCACCUCCGCCUUGCACGGACUUCGACAUGGCCUACUUUCACUCUUAUGCUCACGUUGGUAUCCAUGAAGAAAUGAUCAAGGAUCGAGUUCGAACUGACACUUACAGGGCUGCAAUCAUGCAACACCAGAGUUUUAUUGAAGGCAAAGUUGUAAUGGAUGUUGGAUGUGGCACAGGCAUUCUUUCAAUAUUUUGUGCUCAAGCUGGUGCAAAACGGGUGUAUGCAGUGGAUGCAAGUGAUAUUGCGUUGCAGGCAAAUGAAGUUGUGAAAGCAAAUAACUUAGCUGAAAAGAUCAUCGUUUUGCAUGGACGAGUUGAGGAUGUUGAAAUUGACGAGGAGGUUGAUGUAAUAAUUUCAGAAUGGAUGGGCUACAUGCUUCUGUAUGAGAGUAUGUUGGGAAGUGUUAUUACUGCUAGAGAUCGGUGGCUAAAACAUGGAGGCCUUAUUCUUCCUUCCAACGCAACGUUAUACAUGGCACCCAUCACACAUCCUGACAGAUACAAUGACAGCAUUGAAUUUUGGCGCAACGUCUAUGGAAUUGAUAUGUCUGCAAUGUUGCAAUUAGCAAAACAGUGUGCAUUUGAAGAGCCAUGCGUGGAGACAAUAACGGGGGAGAAUGUUUUGACAUGGCCGCACGUGGUUAAGCACGUGGACUGCUAUACUAUCCAACACGAUGAGCUAGAAUCUGUGUCAACAAGAUAUAAGUUCCAAUCAAUGAUGCGAGCUCCACUACAUGGAUUUGCGUUUUGGUUUGAUGUUGAGUUCAGUGGGCCAACAAAUUCUCCUACAAAUAAUCACAUCCCAUCCUUACUUACUGGUGCAUCUAACAAUAAUCAUAUCGAUGGUAUCCAGAAGAAGAAACGUGCCAAUCCCAAUGAAGCACUUGUUCUCUCAACGGCUCCCGAGGAUCCUCCAACACAUUGGCAACAGACAUUGAUAUACUUUUAUGACCCGAUAGAGGUGGAGCAAGAUCAAAUCAUUGAAGGCUCUCUAACGCUAUCUCAAAGCAAAGAAAACCGCCGAUUUAUGAAUAUUCAUCUCGAGUACUCUUCGGGAGGUAGAUCCUAUGUAAAAGAGUCCGUAAUGCGAUGAUCCCUUUGGGGUACGUACCGAUUCCAUUUCAAGCUUCACAACUGGUUAUAUGGCUCUAAGAUUGUGCCGUAGUUACCAUUUCAGGCCACACUAGAAUUCACAGACAAGUCAUUUGACUACUUUUACCAUACCAAGCUGCUCAAAGGAGGAAGAUAUUUGUUUAACUAAGAACAAAACUAAAUUUAGGUAAAAAGUUUUGAUAUUAGCUCUGCUGGUUGUGUAAGAUUGCCGUUUCAAAAUACAAAGUUAUCUGCUAUAUUUUAGUUUAUUAUAUAUUAUAUAUAUGUAUGUAUGACUAUGUGAUAAUAUCAACUUAUUCAUUCCUUUGUUA